UAGCAGCCAAAGAAGAAAUAUGUGGAUGUAGUAGAUAUACAUAAUUCAUCGUCAUCUCUCCCUCCCUGUCUCUCUCUCGCGCGCUCGUACAAUGGCGACCGAUCUACUACGGCUGUCUCUCUUGCCUCACCGAAAUCUCUUCUACAGCUACAGCUGCAGAUCAAGCCCCAUUGCUCGCUGUUAUGGCUUCGAUUCUCUUGUUCCAAGAGAACGGAGACGUAACCUUCUCCUCCCAAAAAGACAACGAGGCUCGGCUCCUAACUUUGUUCUCUCCAACUCACUCGAAAUCGAGCCUCUAACACAAAGCGAAGAACAAAACUGCAAUGAGUCGACGUCGGUUCUUCUUGACGUCUCCGGAAUGAUGUGUGGGGGUUGUGUGUCCCGUGUCAAGUCGGUCCUCUCCGCCGAAGACAGAGUCGAAUCGGUAGUGGUCAACAUGUUGACCGAGACCGCGGCUGUCAAAUUGAAGCCAAGGACCGAUUUUCCGGCGAAUGUUGCGGAUAGUUUGGGUCGGAGGCUGACGGAGUGUGGGUUUCCGGCGAAGCGGAGGGUUUCGGGGAUGGGAGUGGCGGAGAAUGUGAAGAAUUGGAAGGAGAUGGCUAAGAAGAAGGAGGAAUUGCUAGCAAAUUCUCGGAAUCGCGUGGCUUUCGCGUGGACUUUGGUUGCCUUGUGUUGCGGAUCGCACGCUUCGCAUAUCUUGCACUCUCUUGGCAUUCACGUCGCUCAUGGAUCUUUCUGGGAAGUACUUCAUAAUUCCUAUCUAAAGGGCGCUUUGGCUUUUGGGGCUCUGUUGGGACCUGGAAGAGACUUGCUUUUUGAUGGCCUGAGGGCAUUCAAGAAGGGUUCCCCAAAUAUGAACUCGCUGGUGGGAUUUGGGUCCAUAGCUGCAUUUGUGAUCAGCGCGGUCUCACUUCUUAAUCCUGGGCUUGAAUGGGAUGCAUCAUUCUUUGAGGAACCGGUCAUGCUUCUUGGUUUUGUGCUCCUUGGACGUUCUCUGGAAGAAAAGGCGAGAAUCAGGGCAUCAAGUGAUAUGAAUGAACUUUUAUCACUGAUAUCCACACAGUCACGGCUUGUGAUUAUGCCCUCUGAAAGUGAUUCAUACAGUGAUAGCAUACUUAGCUCUGAUGCAAUAUGUGUUGAGGUCCCAACUGAUGACAUCCGAGUCGGAGAUUCUGUGUUGGUUUUGCCCGGAGAGACUAUACCUAUAGAUGGAAGAGUUCUUUCGGGAAGAAGUGUUGUUGAUGAAUCCAUGCUUACAGGAGAAUCACUUCCUGUGUAUAAAGAAAAAGGCCUCACAGUCUCUGCUGGGACAAUAAAUUGGGAUGGUCCUUUGAGGAUUGAAGCCUCUUCCACAGGCACCAACUCAACGAUAUCCAAGAUUUUUCACAUGGUUGAGGAUGCUCAAGGUCGUGAAGCACCUAUACAAAGGCUUGCAGAUUUGAUAGCUGGGCCCUUUGUAUAUAGUGUAAUGACUCUUUCAGCUGCCACAUUUGCAUUUUGGUAUUUUAUUGGGACACACGUUUUUCCAGAUGUUUUGCUGAACGACAUUGCUGGGCCAGAAGGAGAUCCUUUGCUUUUGAGCUUGAAGCUUUCUAUCGAUGUACUGGUGGUUUCUUGCCCGUGCGCACUGGGUCUUGCCACUCCCACAGCAAUCCUAGUUGGCACCUCUCUCGGAGCAAGACAAGGGCUUCUUAUCAGAGGAGGAGAUGUACUACAACGCUUGGCCAGCAUAGAUUAUGUCGCUUUAGAUAAGACAGGGACCCUCACGGAAGGAAAACCUGCUGUUUCUGCUGUGGCUUCUUUCCUUUACGAAGAAAAUGAAAUUCUUCAAAUUGCUGCUGCAGUAGAGAAAACAGCAUCGCAUCCAAUUGCAAAGGCUAUUAUAAGAAAAGCUGAAACGUUAAAUUUGGAUAUCCCAGUCACGAGAGGGCAAUUAGUAGAGCCAGGUUUUGGAACCUUAGCAGAAGUAGAUGGGCGUUUGGUAGCAGUUGGUGCUUUAGAAUGGGUUCAUGAACGGUUCCAAAAAAGAGCAGGCCCAUCCGAUCUAAGGAAUCUGGAGCAUGCUGUGAUGCAACAUUCGGUAGAAGGAAUAUCAUUGUCAAACUAUUCAAAAACAGUUGUUUAUGUUGGCCGUGAAGGAGAAGGCAUUAUUGGUGUUAUUGCAAUAUCUGAUAGUUUACGCCAUGAUGCUAAAUCUACAGUAACUAGGCUCCAGCAGAAGGGUAUCAAAGCAGUCCUCCUAUCAGGAGACAGGGAAGAGGCAGUUGCAACUAUUGCAAAGACAGUUGGAAUAGGAAGUGAUUGUAUCAAUGCCUCCUUGAGUCCACAGCAGAAAUCUGGAGUUAUCUCAACUCUUAAAUCUGCCGGACAUCAUGUUGCUAUGGUUGGCGAUGGCAUAAAUGAUGCACCCUCUUUGGCUCUUGCCGAUGUCGGGAUUGCUCUGCAGAUUGAAGCACAAGAGAAUGCUGCAUCGGAUGCGGCAUCCAUUGUACUUCUUGGAAACAAACUUUCACAAGUUGUGGAUGCACUGGAACUUGCACAGUCAACAAUGGCAAAGGUGUACCAAAAUUUAUCAUGGGCGAUAGCAUACAAUGUUGUUGCCAUCCCCAUCGCUGCUGGAGCACUCCUUCCCCAAUAUGAUUUUGCCAUGACUCCUUCACUUUCAGGUGGGUUGAUGGCUCUGAGCUCAAUAUUUGUUGUCACCAAUUCUUUGCUUUUACAGCUCCAUGCAUCUCAGGGAACCAGAAAGAUGUAGCUUUUGAUUCAGAUGCCCCUCGCUUAUAUUUCCACGAGUUUUUUCUGCAAAGACUUUUAUUUAAAAAAAUAAAAAUAAAAAAAAAAUAAAAAAACAUUUAUCA